AUGGAACCAAAAGAAACUCCGGCAUUGUUACAAGGCCAAGCAGAAAUUUGGCAACUCAUUUAUGGCUCGGUAGAUUCUAUGGCACUGAAAUGUGUCGUGGAGCUCCGCAUUGCUGACAUUAUACACUCUCAUGGUGGCCCCAUUACUUUACGCCAAAUAGCCUCCGAGGUUGAUUCCCCCUCUCCUAGUAUCGCCUACCUUGUACGUAUCAUGAGAUUAUUGGUCCGCAAAAACAUCUUCACUGAACAUCAUCAUCUAGUGGAAAGUGGGGAAACACUCUACGGGUUGACGCAAACGUCAAGAUGGCUUUUGCGUGAUGCUGAGUUGAGCAUAGUGCCAUUGGUGUUAUUGAGGAACCAUCCAAUGCAAUUGGCACCGUUGCAUUGCCUUAGCCAAAGUGUAAAGAAAGGGGGAACUGCAUUCAAGAAGGUUCAUGGCUGUGAGGUUUGGGACUUCACUUCAAAAAAUCCUGAGUACAACAACAUCUUCAAUGAUGCCAUGGCAUGUAUGACGAAGAGUGUGAUGGCGGCGCUCCUAGCGGAAUACAAUGAUGGGUUUGGGGGCACCGUGGGAUCAUUGGUGGAUGUUGGAGGUGGGAUAGGAGGGAUGAUGGCUAAGAUUGUUAAAGCACAUCCAUGCAUCAAAGGUGUUAACUUUGAUUUGCCGCAUGUUGUGGCCAUAACACCCGUGCGCCAGGGGGUCUCUCAAGUCGGAGGUGACAUGUUUGACGCCAUUCCCAAUACGGAUGCAAUUUUAGUGGGCCGGGUGCUACACAAUUGGAGUGAUGAAGAUUGUAUGAAGAUUUUGAAGAACUGCCGAAAAGCAAUACCAAAGAAUGGUGGAAAUGUAAUUAUUGUUCAUGUUGUUCUUGAGAAGGAAAGUAAAGAUUUAUUUGAUGAGACUCGCAUGGCAUUCGAUUUAUUGAUGAUGGCAUACACCACUGGCGGAAAGGAGAGGACUGAACUGAAAUUAUUGGAGGAAGCAGGCUUUGGUCGCUACAAAAUCUUCAAAAUUGCAACUAUACCAUCAAUCGUUGAGGCCUAUCCCGAGUGA